GUCGAUUUGUGUCGUGUUUUGGCAGCCGCUUUCCGUCGGCUCACGGAUUUAAUUUACUGAAAGAGUAAAUUAAUUUGCAAUUGGAUAAGUUCUUUAAGACUGGGAACCUGAGGAGGAUUUAAAGCAUGUCGACGGGAGGGAGCCAGACGCCGAACAGCAGUGUGGGGGGUCUGCCUCCCAUCGGGUCAGAAACUCAGAGCUCGCUCCCACUUCCACCCCAAGCCUACGUCACCCUCUACUCGGAUGAGAACGUGAAGAGAGGCCGUGCUCCAAAACCACCCCCACCACCCGCCUCCCACGAGACCUACAUGGUCUUUGGCAUCACCUAUCAUGCCGAUGAUGCCAUCAUUCGCCCCUUGGAGAGCCAGGGGAUCCGUCGUCUCUACCCACAAAACUUUGACCAUAGAAGAGAACUUAAAAAGAUGAACCAUUCCGUGCUAGUUAACUUUUUGGAUUUACUCGAUAUUUUAAUACACUGCCCAGACUCUGGAAAAAGACAAGAAAAGAUUGAUGAUAUUAGUUUACUUUUUAUACAUAUGCAUCAUCUUAUUAAUGAAUUUCGACCCCAUCAGGCACGCGAGACACUUCGAGUAAUGAUGGAAGUUCAAAAACGUCAAACGCUAGAAACCUGCGACAGAUUCCAGAAACAUUUAGAAAUGAGUGUCGAAGUAAUUAAGCAAGCACUCAACAAUCUUCCAGAACAUUUAGAGGUGGACAAUAAACUUUUUUCUAUGACGGAAACAACGCGGACAAAACCAAUUGAAAAACAACCCGUUGUUAGCAGUCAGGAUCAAAUGAUGUGCGACAUUGCAGACUCGAUUUAAAAUUCUAUGUGUAUAGUUUAUUCUUUGAAUUCGUAAUUUAUCAACCAAAAGUUUUCUAACGGCUACGCUGUGUGUAUUAAUAAUAAUAUAUAAUAAUCAUGUGAGUGACUUACAAACUAUGUUUGAAUAAAAAAACGGAGAGGUUGGUUUUACUAACCUUUGCAUAGAUAAUUUA